GAGAGAGAGAGAGAGAGAGAGAGAGAGAAUCAUUGGCUUUUCGCACAGUGCUUAAUAUUCAAUGACCUAUAAUCUAACACAGCAGCGCUCCGGUCUUCUCGGAGAAGGGACACCGCCUGGCUCUGACUGACGGGCCUCGCUGCCUCUGACUGACGGGCCUCGCUGCCUCACACUGUUCCUCACACUUUCUGAAACUUUUGACUGCUCCGCUGUGUCUCAGCGACGGCAUGGAGGCGCUUCUUCUCGCGUAUGCAAACGCGGCCUCUGACGUGUGCAGUCACGUGCCUUUUGGCGUCGCACCCCCCUGCGCUCGCGCAUUUUUUUCGGCUGUUGUCUAUAGGGUUCGGGUAGAAUCUUUACAUUUUCGCAGCCCCUCUAUUUUGCACAUCACUCGGAAAAGUACGGCACUUUCUGUGUUUUUGGGAGCUAUGCUGUCGCCUUGCGGCCUGCCCUGCGCCGUGGACAGAUUUUGUGGCCUGCAAUGACGUCUCAUGAAGUCACCCAUUGCAGCUGACAUUAAUGGUCAGCAGAAAUAUUCUCUAGGAAGUCCCCAGACAGAGGUCCGUUCAGCGUUCACUAAGAGUCCCUCAUCGAGGUUGCACAGUAGGUCAUGGCCAGUCGAAGAAAGUCCACCACCCCUUGUAUGAUUCGGCCAAAUGACUUGUUGGACCAGGAUAUAGAUGACUGUGUGGACAGCACAGUGGAGAACGGAUCCCCGUCUGUUCCUGCUGGUGAGGAUUGGACCGACAAGAGGAGCGUUGUAAGCACUAUGCCAGCGAUAGCUGAUCCAGAAAAGCCUGAGGCGGAAAUUCGGCCACCGAAGAAGGUGCAGGGAGGCUACGAGUGCAAAUAUUGUACCUUCUCGACUCAGAACCUUAACGAAUUCAAAGAACACGUGGACUCCAACCAUCCUAACGUCAUUCUCAACCCUCUGUAUCUAUGCGCUGUCUGCAACUUCAACACGAAAAAGUUUGACACCUUGACGGAACACAACGAGAAGUUCCAUCCUGGAGAGAGCAAUUUCAAGUUCAAGAGGAUAAAACUGAACAGUCAGACCAUCCUGGAGCAGACGAUUGAAGGUUCAAACUGCGCAGCCAUUUAUGAAGCUCGGAGUCCCCAGUCAGGGGAGGACCUUUCCCCUUCGAGCAAAUCCAUGGCUGUGAAGAAACCAAAAACUGACUGCAGGCGCCCUCUGGGAGACGGUCAAAUAGACAAGCUCACGCCAGAGUUAUCCAAAAAACAGAUCACCGCAGUGAAUGUGAAUGGAACAGUGAUAAUCCCAGAUGCAACACUAAAAGAGGGUCUCUCGCACAUAAUGCCAUCCCUGCAGCGUCCACCGAACUACAGUUUAGUGCCAAAAAUUGCUGUUCCUUUGAACACAUUGAGAUACAACGCAUCGCUUGAUGGAAACCUGACUCUAAUUACUUCCUUUAAUAAGUUUCCAUAUCCUACACAGGCUGAGCUCUCAUGGCUCACUGCAGCAUCGAAGCACCCAGAAGAACAAAUCAAAGUAUGGUUCACGACUCAAAGGCUAAAACAAGGCAUCAGCUGGUCGCCUGAGGAGGUCGAAGAAGCACGUAAGAAAAUGUUCAAUGGAACUAUUCAGCCUGUUCAACAAACAUUCACCGUCUUACCUGCCCAGCUGACCCAAUCCACAAAAGCCUCCCAAUCCCUUAUCCAAACUCUCCCUUGCCAAGUUCUUGGACAGUCCGGCUUGGUGUUGACACCAGUGUCCAACGGGUCCAAUGCAACUUCUGGUCCGCUUGCACUAACCGUUUCGAAUCAAGCCGUACAGGCCGUCAAGAGGCCUCUCAUGUCCCCUGUUGCGUCUCCAGAGCCGAAGAGGCCUUCAAUAAUCCAAACCGUUCAGACUACUAAUAAAUCUGCCUCUCCUACACCCAGUCUUUCUUCAGAUUGCAAAAAAACACCAGGUCAGAUUAAAGAGCUGAUAGCCAGCUAUACUCAGUGCCAGUUUCCUGAUGAUGAAGAAGUGUAUCGUCUUAUUGAGAUGACUGGCCUUUCCUGGGGAGAAAUUAAAAAGUGGUUCAGUGAUCAGCGUCUUGGAAACCAUAAGACUGUACUGCCACUAAGGGCUGACCUUCAGUUGAAGGAAAACCAGCCUCAGAAACCCGUGGCCACUAAGUUUCCCCUUCUGGAAUGGGUAAAGGGAAAAUCCUCUGAGCAAAUGAAAAUGUUGGAGGAGUGUUUCCAGAGGACGAGCUUUCCGUCACAGACUGAGAUCGAAAGCCUUGCGGUUGACGCCAGACUUUCCAAAACGGAGAUUGAUGGCUGGUUCAUGGAGCGUCGUGCUCUUCGAGAUAACCUUGAACAAGCCUUGCUCAACUCCAUGGGCUUUAAAAGACUGGACAGAGGAGCUCUGAAUGGAAUACAUGAGCAGGAAGGCCGGUCAAGGUCCUCUCCCCUUCCUCUUCUAACUUCUGUUUGCCCUGAAAUUGACAGCAAGUCUCUCUACCUUCUAAAAGAGGUUUUCUCACAGACACAGUGGCCGUCACCGGAGGAGUACAGCGAACUGGAACUCCAGACGGGGUUGCCUCGCACAGAAAUCGUACGCUGGUUUAAGAAUAACCGAUCUGCUCUGAGAAAUGGGACCUUGGAAUGGAUGGAGCAGUUUGAGACUAUGAGCACCAAAAAACACAACGGGCAGAACAGCUUGCUGAGCCCCGAACAAGCGCCCCACGGUGGUGUACAGCGGAACUUCCCUGAGGCAACGCUACUAAAACUAGAGGAUGAUGACAAGCUGGCGGAGCGCUCGAAACUUGUCAGUCAGGACAUAGUCAACUGGGUGACCAGUAAGCUAGGCCACAACAUGCAGGACAUUAGCCGGAGCAAGGACCAACACGGACUGGUGACGACGGACAGCGGGAGAUGGGUUAAAGUUUCCGUGGCAGCUGACACUGAAAGAAAAGACUCUGAGGCACUGAGAGUGGCCGCCGACCUUGAGGUUCUGACCACAGAGCACACGGUGACGGGAUAAACUAAGAAAGGACAGAGACUAGGCUGCUAUGACUAACCCUGAGGUGGGAAGGAAAAUAAUUGCGUUGACAUACUUGGAACCAAUGAUCUCAUGCCUGGACUCUGAUCUCAUCAGAGGGGGGAAAAAAGGACUGCGCGCGCGUGUGUGUGUGUGUGUGUGUGUGUGUGUGUAAGCACUGACCAUGGAGUGCCAAAGUCAGACUGCGAUGCUACUAUUACUGCUUAGGUGUUUGAGGAUUAUUUUUUUUUUGUUGUUGUUGUUGUUGUUAUUAUUUUAUAGCAGAAGAGCCCAUGUAAAUAUGUUUUUGACAGAUUUGUAAAAAAAAAAAAAAAAAAUUUCCUGCGGAUGGGUUUUGUUACAAUUUCUAAUACUGUAGAUGUCCCCAAGCCAUUUAGCUUAACGCUCCCGACGGAACGUUCGGCCUUCUUGUGAACUGAUGGACCUGCUGGUAAAGCGCGGUCACUACGGCACUUAACAUUUGAAGCGGAUAAAGACAAGCGGUGCUUCUUUUGAUCUCAUUCCUCAAACAAAGCGAACGUACAGACUUCUUUUCUUUGGACCAUAGAAGCAUCGCCUGCACACGAUGGAUUUUAAUCCGAAUCGACAUCGAUGCAGCGAGGCACAAAACAUGUUUAUUUGUAGUUCGACUUUGCAAUAUUACUCUCGCGGAAGAAUAGCAUUUUUUUUUUUCUUCUUCUUCUUCUUCUUCUUCUCUUUCCUUCGCAUUUAAGGCGUAGUUCCAUUUCGCCGUGGUCUGCUUUUAAGAUAGCUCCGUGUAUUCCCGUCCCCUCCUGCCACUCUUCUCGUCAUGUUCAGACAUGUAUCAGGAAUACCGUAUGGGUAUCAAGAUCCAUGCUUGCUCUUUCUUUAAAACAAGCCUGCUGUAAAUCAAUAAAACAAACCAUUGAAAUGAUUUUAUUUUCUUCUUCUUCUUCGUUGUUAUAACAUGUACUUACACCCCAUUAGACAGCCGUAGUGUAUUUAUUCAUUCUCUCUAUCGGUGGUGUUGUUGUUUUGUUUAAAGCACUUUAUUUUUUCAAUUUAAUAAUUCAUCCAACCAGCACUAACAGAACAAUAGUUAGACGGAACAGCAGGAACAUUUUAUUUAACUUUCUUUUACUUUAUACAAUCACACACCAUUUUCACUAUGAAGAAUUGUUGUUGUUGUUGUUUUUUUACGCCUAUGUCUUGUUCGAGUUAGACAACUACAUGCCGCAUCGCUGUACCGUGUCAUCUCUACCCUCGAAAUGCUUGAUAAUGAAUGAUUUACUCGAUAUACAUGUUGGAGCAUGAAACUACCGAAGCACAGCCUUUUUGCCUCUCGGCGCUUCGAGUCCCGCGUCUUCAUAGCUUAAUCAUCGAUGCGCACAAGGUCAGUAGAAUUUCGGCGCUCGCUUUAACGAUCGUUGCCGUGAAACGCCCUGCGCGUUGUUUAAUGCGGUCAUUACGGCAGGGUUUCUAGUUUCACGUUCGUUCAGCCGAGUGUUUUAAAUAAUCAGACUUUAUUUACACGGCACUCUGUUGUGGUUUUAAUUCAUUUAUUUAUUUAUUCAUUCUCUACCACCAGGUUACGAGUUAGGAUUUCUAGGAUGUUCCGACACCUACAGGCCGCAUCUAUAAGUAUCGAAUCGACGUGACCUUAAUUUCAGUAAUUUCAGCUCAGACACGUGUGGUUUUUUUUAUUAUUUAUUUAUUUAUGUGUUUCCGUAUUAAGACAAAAAGGUUACGCUUUAUGGAUUCGAACGAAAAGAAAUGACAUUUUACUCGUAAAAGCGAUCAACACAAGAUUUGCACAUCUUCGUCCAAAGAGGAAAAAAAACAAAA